CUUUGAGAAGGAUUCAUUCCCCUCUCAUCUGUUUGAUGUUCCUCUUCCCCCGGCUUGUGCUUCGACUGUUGGGGGUUUUGGGGUUAGGGUUUUGAUCCCUGCCGAGUGGAAGAGGCAGGAGAUGCCGGGCCCUACAGUGGAGAUGGAUCCCGUGGAGCCGCAGUCGCUCAAGAAGCUCAGCUUCAAGUCCCUCAAGCGUGCCCUCGAUCUCUUCUCUCCAGUCCAUGGCCACAUUGCUCCUCCCGACCCUGAAAGUAAAAAGAUUCGCUUGAGCCACAAGAUUAAUGUCGAAUAUGGAGGAAUUAAGGGUACGGGAAGUUUGCCGCCUCGGCCAGCCAGAGCUGCGCCGCAGAAUCAGGGUCAGCAAGCUGAUGGGUCUUCCGAUGUCCUUGCUCUUCCAGGCCCAGAAGGUUCUAAAGAACCACGGAAGGAAGAGACUCAGAAUGCUUUAGUUGUUGGCCCAUCUUUACAACCGAAGGGAUUAAAUGAUGUGGUUCCACAAGGCAAAAGCACUGCAAUAAUCUCUGCUUCUGGAUCAUCAGAAAGAAACUAUUCUACUUCUGCGAUUAUGGAAAGAAUUCCAAGCAGGUGGCCUCGUCCCGUAUGGCACCCCCCAUGGAAGAACUACAGGGUCAUAAGCGGGCAUUUAGGAUGGGUUAGGUCAAUUGCAUUUGAUCCAAGCAAUACGUGGUUUUGUACUGGCUCUGCUGAUAGGACAAUCAAGAUAUGGGAUGUGGCCUCUGGAAGGCUAAAGCUUACACUAACAGGACACAUUGAACAGAUAAGAGGCCUUGCUGUUAGUAAAGAGCACGCGUAUAUGUUCUCUGCUGGUGAUGACAAACAAGUCAAAUGUUGGGAUCUUGAACAAAACAAGGUAAUCAGGUCUUACCAUGGCCAUCUAAGUGGCGUUUAUUGCUUGGCUCUUCAUCCCACUCUAAACGUCUUGCUUACUGGAGGGCGAGAUUCUGUCUGCAGGGUAUGGGAUAUUCGUAGCAAAAUGCAAAUUUAUGCACUGUCAGGACAUGAAAACACUGUUUGCUCAGUUUUCACUCGACCAACGGAUCCACAAGUUGUAACUGGUUCCCAUGAUACAACAAUUAAGUUCUGGGAUCUUAGAUAUGGAAAAACUAUGACGACUAUUACUCAUCAUAAGAAAUCUGUACGAGCUAUGGCCAUGCAUCCUAAAGAGAAUUGCUUUGCAUCGGCAUCAGCAGAUAACAUCAAGAAAUUCAGUCUUCCACGGGGAGAAUUUCUCCACAACAUGCUCUCGCAGCAGAAAACUAUAAUCAACGCAAUGGCAGUAAAUGAUGAAGGUGUUAUGGCCACUGGAGGUGAUAACGGAAGUUUGUGGUUCUGGGAUUGGAAGAGCGGACACAAUUUCCAGCAGGCCCAGACAAUAGUACAACCCGGAUCAUUGGACAGUGAAGCCGGUAUCUAUGCCCUCUCUUAUGACCUCACCGGUACGAGGCUUGUCACAUGCGAGGCUGAUAAGACUAUAAAGAUGUGGAAAGAAGAUGAGCACGCCACUCCCGAGACUCAUCCCCUCAAUUUCAGGCCGCCCAAAGAUAUCCGGCGGUUCUGAUCGAACAAUGAUCGGUUUUGUUUGGCCACAGCUCCAAUUCAUUGCUGGUGCAGAGAAACCGGGUGUUAUCAUACUUCCUCUUUGUAACUUCUUAAACUUUUCUUAGCUUUGUAACAAUUAAUUUAUUUGGGAUUUUGUCCCGUUUGUCCAUCAAAAAAAAAAAAAGAGUAAAAGAACGGAGAACAAUUUAAUAGAAGGAAAUUGACCAUACACAAGAUGGAAUGGAUGAUAUCUAAUUUUCAAAAAAA